UCACUAACAUCCAGUGUGCAGGGAGAUCAUCAGCACACACACUGCUGCACAUCACACACACUCUGUUACAGACGGCGUCACCUCUUCAUCUCUCAAAGACAAUCAUCAAAAACUGAAGAUGGGGAAAAUUAACGGAUGCCUGAAAUGCCUCUUUAUCUUCUUCAACAUAUUAUAUGCAAUCAUUGGAUGUGUGAUGAUCUUCGGGACGGUUAAAAUCAGCAUCUACAGCCAGCAGAUGUCAGCGGUCGGCUCCCCGAGUUUGGGAUGGCUCUGGGUGUUUAACAUCGGUGUCCUCGGCAUCUCCUGUCUGGGAAUCUACGCCGCGUGUUCUGAGAAAGUCCUCGCCCUCAAAAUAUUUGCAGGAUUCAUGGUGGUCGGGAUGAUCAUCAUGCUGAUCAUUGGGAUCAUCGUCGUGGUGUUCAGGGACAAGCUCAAACAGAACUUUGACACCGCCUCGUCUGAGUUCGUGAAGCCGUACUUGGAGAAUGAACAGCUGAGGGGACAGUUCGAUGGGCUGCAGAAAGCAGGCCAGUGUUGUGGACUGGGGAGCUACUCAGACUGGGGCGAUGAGAUCCCUGAAUCCUGCGGGUGUCGGCCUCAUCUAUGA